GCCUUCCCGAGGAGUGGCGACAGUUGCUCAACUGUGCAAACAUUACCGCCAGUGAACAGGCUCGCAACCCCGAACUGGUCCUCGAGGUGCUUCAGCGCUUCGAUGAGUCCACCAAACCCAAAGAAAAGUACAUGACAAACAUAUCUGGCGUCACC